AUGUCUCUGUUAAGUAGGUUCUUCUACAAGAGACCACCAGAUGGGUUGCUUGAGUUUACCGAUAGAGUUUACGUGUUCGAUUCAUGUUUUUGCAUGCAAGUCUUACCGGAUGACUUAUACCAAAUAUUCCUUCACCAAGUCAUCAAUGAUUUACACGAACACUCCCCCGAAUCAUCUUUUCUAGCAUUCAAUUUCCGAGAAGGGGACAAAAGAAGCGUCUUCGCUGAAGCCCUCUGUGAAUACGAUGUCACCGUCCUUGAGUAUCCAAGGCAAUACGAAGGCUGCCCUUUGCUUCCUUUAUCAUUAAUCCAGCAUUUCCUCCGUGUCUGUGAGAGCUGGCUUUCUCGUGGAGAUGUUAUUCUUCUUCACUGUGAAAGAGGAGGAUGGCCUCUUCUGGCUUUUAUCCUAGCUAGUUUCUUGAUUUUCAGGAAAGUUCACAGUGGUGAGCGAAGGACUCUCGAGAUUGUGCUCCGUGAGGCUCCCAAGGGUCUCUUGCAGCUGCUCUCCCCCUUGAAUCCUUUCCCUUCUCAGCUUCGUUAUCUUCAGUAUGUAGCGAGGAGGAACAUCAAUCCUGAGUGGCCACCUCCUGAAAGAGCGCUUUCUUUGGAUUGUGUGAUUAUUCGGGGUAUUCCAAAUUUUGACUCCCAAUAUGGAUGCAGACCUGUUAUACGUAUCUUUGGGAGAAGCGUUAGUAGCAGAACUGGUGUUUCCACGGAGAUGCUAUAUUCUAUGUCCAAUAAGGAUAAACCCCUUCGGCAUUACCGACAGGCAGAAUGUGAGGUGAUCAAAAUUGACAUCCAGUGCUGGGUGCAAGGAGAUGUUGUACUGGAGUGUGUGCAUAUGGAUUUAGAACCAGUACGAGAGGUUAUGAUGUUUCGUGUGAUGUUCAAUACUGCAUUUAUCAGGUCCAACAUACUAAUUCUGAACCCUGACGACUUGGAUAUUCUUUGGGAGGCCAAGAAUCAUUAUCCAAAAGGGUUUCGAGCAGAGGUUUUGUUUGGAGAAGUUGAGAAUGUUUCGCCUCAGAAAGUUCCAACCCCAAUAGUAAAUGGUAAUGAGAUUGGUGGCUUGCCCAUAGAAGCUUUUGCUAAAGUUCAAGAACUUUUUAGUGGUGUGGAUUUGGCUGAAAAUGGAGACGAUGCUGCUUUUUGGUUGCUCAAACAACUUGCUGCCAUAAAUGAUGCAAAAGAGUUUACAAGAUUUCGGAACAAAGGGAGUUUUUAUUUUAAUUCUCCUGACUCUGAAGAGGAGACCAACACAUCUAGUGCCGCUGAUAGUUCAGAUGAAGGAUUUGAUGCCAGUCAUAGACCUCGAAUUUCUCUAUCUUUUGAUAAUGUUGAGACAGAAGACAUGUCUUUAUCUUUGGCUCCUGAAUCUUCAGAGGAACCUCAUGUAUUCCCUCGUCGUCAACAGCAAGAAGUUUCAGCGAAGCAAAGUGUCCACCCUUCGACUCUUCCAACUUCUGGCACACUUUUGCCUCCACCUCCUCCCCCUCCCCCUCCUUUUCCUGUGAACAAAGUUACAAGCAUAGGCUCGUUUUCACCCUCACCUCCACCACCACCACCACCUCCUCCACCUUUCUCUAGAAGCAUUUCUCCACCUUCAGCUCCACCACCACCACCACUCCCACCACCUUCGUUUGGGAGCACAAGAAAUAAACUUCAGGCGCAACCACCUCCCUCUCCUCCUCCUCCUCCUCCUCCUCCUCCUCCUCCUCCUCCUAUCCAUGCAUCUUCGAAUAAAUGUGUACCGUCACCACCACCACCACCUACAUCUCAUUCUGGUCUUUCUAAUGUUGGCCCACCUUCGGCACCCCCAUCACCUCCACCUCCGCCUCCUAAAGCUAAUCUUUCAAAUGUCCCCAUGCCACCUCCGCCACCUCCAAUUCCUUCUUCAUCUGCAAAGUUGGGUGCUCCCCCUCCGCCUCCACCUCCACCACCACCACAUCUUUCUUCACCUGCAAAGUUGGGUGCUCCUCCUCCGCCUCCACCACCACCAUUUCCUCCUUCAUCUGCAAAGUUGGGUGCUCCUCCGCCUCCACCACCACCACAACGUCCUCCUUCAUCUGCAAAGUUGGGUGCUCCCCUUCCGCCUCCACCACCACCACAACGUCCUCCUUCAUCUGCAAAGUUGGGUGCUCCCCCUCCGCCUCCACCACCACCACGUCCUCUUUCAUCUGAAAAGUUGGGUACUCCCUCUCCCUCUCCGCCUCCACCACCACCACUUCCUCCUUCAUCUACAAAGUUGGGUGCUCCCCCUCCGCCACAUCUAUCCAAGACCCGUGCUCCCCCUCCACCACCUCUAUCCAAGACCCAUGCUCCUCCUCCGCCACCUCUAACCAAGGCCCCUACUCCUCCUCCGCCAGCAUUGGGUCAUGUUACAAGUAGUGGCCCACCAACAUUGGGAGCAAAAGGUUCAAAUGCACCGCCUCCACCUCCAGGAAGGGGCAGAGCUUCCUCGGGACUUGGAAGAGGCCGAGGUGUGAGUGUGCCUACUGCUGCACCUAAGAAAACCAUGCUAAAGCCUUUGCAUUGGUCUAAAGUUACUCGGGCAGCAAUAGGUAGUUUGUGGGCUGAUACUCAGAAACAGGAAAAUCAACCACGUGCUCCUGAAAUAGAUAUAUCAGAGCUCGAGAGUCUUUUUUCUGCAGUUUCUGAUACCACUGCUAAGAAAAGCACAGGUCGCCGUUCGAGUAUCAGCAAACCUGAGAAAGUUCAACUGGUUGACCUGCGAAGAGCAAAUAACUGUGAAAUAAUGCUUACGAAAAUAAAGAUUCCUCUACCAGAAAUGCUUAGCGCAGUUCUAGCCUUAGAUUCUUCAGUUCUGGACAUCGACCAGGUUGAAAACCUCAUCAAGUUUUGUCCGACGAAAGAAGAAAUCGAAUUGUUAAGGAAUUAUUCUGGUGACAAAGAAAUGCUUGGGAAGUGUGAACAGUUUUUCAUGGAACUAAUGAAGGUUCCACGAAUAGAAGCAAAGUUACGAGUGUUUGGCUUCAAGAUUACCUUUGCUUCUCAGGCGGAAGACUUAAAAAGCUGCCUUAAUAUAAUAAACGCUGCUACUAAAGAGGUGAAGGAGUCUGCAAAGUUGCGUCAGAUUAUGCAAACAAUUUUAACACUGGGAAAUGCUCUAAAUCAGGGAACUGCAAGAGGGUCUGCUGUGGGUUUCAAACUGGAUAGUCUUCUUAAAUUAUCUGAUACUCGUGCAAGAAAUAACAAAAUGACUUUGAUGCAUUACUUAUGCAAGCUUGUUGGUGAAAAAAUGCCAGAGUUGCUGGAUUUUGCUAAUGACCUUGUUCACUUGGAAGCUGCCUCGAAGAUUGAAUUGAAAACGUUGGCUGAAGAAAUGCAGGCGGCUGAUAAAGGUCUUAAAAAGGUUGAGCAAGAACUCAUAGCUUCAGAAAACGAUGGUGCAAUAUCUCUGGGCUUCCGCAAGGUCUUGAAGGAGUUUCUUGACAUCGCUGAAGCAGAAGUGAGGUUACUUGCCUCCUUGUAUAAAGAAUCGGGAGGAAAUGCAGAUUCCUUGUGCCAGUACUUCGGUGAGGAUCCAGCUCGGUGUCCUUUCGAACAAGUGACCAAGAUUCUGACUCUUUUCGUGAAAACGUUCAUCAAAUCUCGAGAGGAGAAUGAAAAACAAGCCGAGGCUGACAAGAAGAAGGUGGAGAAAGAUGCAACUAAAGAGACGCCAUUGGCAUAG